CGGAAUUUUUGUACGCCUCUUCUGUCUUCUCUUUCUCAGCCUAGCCCAGCCUCACCAUGGUGGACGCCUUCGCGGGCACCUGGAAGCUAGUGGACAGCAAGAAUUUCGAUGACUACAUGAAGUCAAUUGGUGUGGGUUUUGCCACCAGGCAGGUGGCCAACAUGACCAAGCCUACCACAAUCAUCGAAGUGAAUGGGGACACAAUCACCGUAAAAACACAAAGCACCUUCAAGAGCACAGAGAUCAGCUUCAAGCUGGGAGUGGAGUUUGAUGAGACAACAGCAGAUGACAGGAAGGUCAAGUCCAUUGUGACACUGGAUGGAGCAAAACUUGUCCACCUGCAGAAGUGGAAUGGACAAGAGACAACGCUUGUUCGGGAACUAGUUGAUGGGAAACUCAUCCUGACACUCACCCAUGGCAGUGCAGUUUGCACUCGCACUUACGAGAAAGAGGCAUGACCUGCCCAUCCCUUCGACUGUUCCUGCCAAUUGGCUACUCCUGGACUCAGCACCAGAUUGCCUCAUUUUUUCCUCUGGCAUUUUGUAAAAAUCCACUUUGGGGAUAUUCUCCUGGGGUCAGGUUGCACCAGCCUGUGUUCAGUUCCGGUUCUUGUUGUGUAUGUUUGUUUUUUUUUAAUUGCAUCCAAAGGGUGCUCUGAGGUCAAUAAAAUAGCCAAAGCCA